AAACAUAAAGGAGGUCACUUUGGAGUAAUCAGCGUAAUGGAUAACGAAAAUUCCAACGAAGAAUUAGAUAAUCAGCAGACAACUCUUGGGCAACCAUUGAGCGAUUUUCUUCUACAACUGGAGGACUAUACUCCUACGAUUCCAGAUGCAGUCACAGCACACUUCUUGCAAAGCUCCGGAUUUGAACCUAAGGAUCCACGCCUCUUAAGAUUGAUUUCUAUUGCUGCUCAAAAGUUUAUAUCGGAUAUAGCAAAUGAUGCUUUGCAACAUUGCAAAAUGCGAUCCAGUAAUAAUACCAGCAGCCACAGCACUUCCAAGGGAAAAGGGUCUAAAGAUCGACGGUAUUGUUUAACAAUGGAAGAUCUCACCCCUGCACUAGCCGAAUUCGGUAUUACAAUUAAAAAACCGCAAUACUACGUGUAAGAUGGGUGUAUGCAAAAUGAAGAAAAUACAUGGGAUUUACUCGUG